CUUUCAAUCAGUGCGAGUGUUUGCCCCUGGCCGGCGUGCACGCGCGUGUGAUGCGCUAGCCAUGAUCUCGCAGAAGCUGUCGUACGGCGACGUGCCGACGUCCGCGUCGCUGUCCACGCUGUCGCCGGGUCUCGCGCCUCCCUAUGUCAACGGGAUGGGCUGCAUGCCAGCGCAACCGUAUCCGAACCUGUACUCCAACAACAUGGUGGCGAGUGGAUCCUGCAUGGGCUCGCCUGGCGUUGGCUAUUCGCCGCCCAGCACCAUGGCCUCUUGCAUGGGCGGUGGAGGUGCCGUACCCUACGGAGCGCUUCCCCGGGAACAAGAAGCCGCUUCACCUACGUCGGCGCUGCAACGGGCGCGCAACGACAAGACUUAUCGCCGCUCCUAUACGCACGCGAAACCGCCGUAUUCCUACAUAUCGCUCAUUACAAUGGCGAUACAGAAUAAUCCGUCGCGAAUGCUGACUCUCUCUGAAAUCUAUCAGUUCAUCAUGGACUUGUUCCCCUUCUACCGCCAGAACCAGCAGCGCUGGCAGAAUUCUAUACGGCAUUCGUUAUCGUUUAACGACUGUUUUGUAAAAGUGCCGCGGACACCAGACAAACCGGGAAAAGGUUCUUUUUGGACGCUCCACCCCGACAGCGGGAACAUGUUUGAAAACGGCUGCUUUUUGCGGCGACAAAAACGUUUUAAGGACGAGAAAAAGGAAUCUAUAAGACAAGCGCAGAAGACGACGCACCCACACGGCCAUCACGGCGGACACGAGAAACGUGAGCAUUCACAUGAAAAAGGCGUGGGUGGCGGAGAAGAUAAAGAGAUGCGUGAUGAGCUGCUGGCACAGUUACACGCAGCGCCAGAGCUGUGUCUUCCAGAACACACGCCACUAUCGCUGGAACACUAUGCGCAGCUUAAACAGGAGCCAACGGGCUAUGCACCCGCGCCUCACCCGUUCAGUAUCACGCGGCUUCUGCCUGGCGCGGAUACUAAGUCCGACCUGAAGAUGUAUGACGUAAACUAUGGCUACGGGCACGCGCCAGCUGACAACUACUACCAGUCACCUCUGUACCACCAUCAUGCCCACCACACGCAGCCGCCCUUGUGACAGUAUCCGCUGGCGUAGGCCCGCGGCGCCGCCUGGCCUCGCCGGGUGACCGCCCAAAUGCCCUCAAUGUCCAGCGAUUUAAUUAACUUCAAGUCUCAUCUGACGGACUCCAUGUGAGCGUGUUGUGUUCUUGUGAUACAGAGCCGCCCGGCCUGUAAAUUGUGUAAAUAUUUGUGCGGGUUUGAGUAGAUAUGGACGCACCUAAGCCCGGGCGGCGGCCCAAAUAGGCCUAUAUGUUAGUGGACUCUCGGAAGUGUCCUUUGUAGUUUUGCACCGACGCCCAUUCGUAUACCAUAACACAUAAUUAAAUUACGAAUUUAAAAGCUACUAACACUUUAAAAAUAAUUAUUCCGGUGCGCUUGUUGCGCAAGCAACGUACAUCGCAAUAUUGUCAACCACGAAUCCGCCCAAAACAACAGCUUUCAAAAUACUUAACAAAUGUGUAAUAACAUCAGUAAUGCGAUCAAUAUUAUCCUUAUCAAAUUAUUAUCAUUAAAUGUAUUGAUUUUGAUAAAAUCACCGCGCGCGUUUAAUUCUUUCCUUUGAGUAAACAACAUAUCUUUAAGCUGUCGGUGAAUUUCCGCGAAUCAUAGGUAUUUCAGUUAUAACAAUUGUUUUUUCGCUUAAAAUUGACUACGGUAAAUUUUAUAUCGCAACCGUCGAAGAAAUGGGUAUGUACGAAUUUAUUGAUUUAUUUAUUAUUACUGUAUACAAUGUAGAAGAACAGGUCUUCAAGAUUUGGUAUAAGAAUGCGCGUAUUUGGUGAUGUCAUAUCGGACAGAACUGUGCAAUGUUUGUUUAAAGUGUGUAAAAUAAUUUAAUAGAUAGACGAAAUGGAAAUAUAGUCGUUCGACCAUCGUAUAGGUAUAGGUUAAGUGCUGUAUAUAUAGCGUUAAGGUAAAUUUAUAUAUACAUUAUAUGGUGUUUGGUGUAAGAUAGGUACCUAUCUACGCUUCUGCACAUUCCAUUUAAAUAUAUAUUUAUAUGCAAGUUUCAAUUUAGCAUUUGAGAUAAAAAUAUGCGAAAAUUCUUAGAUUUUUGUAAAUAUAGAUUCAUUACGUCAGUUUUAAGUUCACCUUGAAUGAUUUCGAUGAAUCGUUGUGACCUCACAUCGAGACGUUUUUCUGACAUGAUUGAGCAGAAUUAUGUAUUUUAUUUUAAUCCAUUUUUAUCAAAGAGAUCUCGCGUAUAUUUAUCAAUUAGCUUGAUAUUGUACACGUAGGUAUGCUAAAUUUAAUCUUGUAGUUAUAAAUACAUAUUAAUAUCAUAUUACUCGAAUCUAGAUAGGUUACUUAUAUCAUCUGUUAGUUCCAGAGUUAAUAAAAUUAAGUUUACAAAA